AUGAGUCGCCGAUCGCUUCACAUCCAGAAGCACACCUGCUCUUCCUGCGGUUACCCCUCGGCCAAGACCCGCAAGUACAACUGGUCCGAGAAGGCCAAGCGGAGAAAGACCGUCGGCACCGGCCGCAUGCGCUACAUGAAGGACGUCUCCCGCCGCUUCAAGAACGGCUUCCAGUCCGGUGUCCCCAAGGGUUCCGCCGGCCCCACCGCGCAGGAGUCGUGA